AUGUCUUACUGUUCAAACUCGUCUUUGGCCUUUGGCCUCAACUUAUUACGUGUCUUCAAGAGUGUCAUCACUCGUACACAAUCAAUUGCGGUCAAUGAGACUUCCUUUGUGACUGCUACUAGAUAUGAAGUUAGACGUUUGAGGUGUGAACCUCUGACUUUACCUUUUGUACUUGAACCUUGGCUUUCGGUCACAGAGCAGAGAUCAGUGGAUUGUGAAACUCUAGUGCUUCCAGAAACAUUUGAAGAUGAAAUCACCGUCUCAUCUCCAAAAACUGAAGGAAGACGUUCCGAAACUCUCAGUCCUCUUACGAAUGAUUCUCUUUCGCAAUCGACUUCAUCACAUACCAUCAUCCUCGAAGCCACACCUGAACCGCUUGAAACUCAGCCCAAACAACCACCUACAACCUUCAGCUCGACUUCUGCUCCGUCUCCAUUUCUGGCCUUCUUGGAAGCUUCACACCUUGAAGCAUCAAGGAAGUUACUUGCAGAAAAAUCAAGUUUGGCACCUUUAGACUUAGGAUGCGCUCAAUUCAACUCUGCCUACUACCGAAGACAUCUUCCUCCAACCCUGCCUGAAUUGUCUACCAGCAAGAAAUCAAAGAAGGCUUUUUGCUGGAGAACCACAUUAGAUGAAAUCAUGAAGGAAUCAGGCGAAGAAUGUGAUGAAAUCUUGGAUGAACUCGUUGAAGAAAGUGGUACCGAAUCCGGCAAUCAGGACAUCGCCGAAUCUUCCACCUCAUCUCCUUCUCAUUCGCGCUCCUCAAGUGUUUCAUCGUACACUACUUGUAUUGGAUCGCCAGUUCUUUCCUCCAUCUCAUCAUUCGGGAAACUUCAACAAAAUGAUACUUCAACAACAAUCACUAUUCAAGAGCCCAUUCUCAAUCAUCCUGGUGUUACUCCAAUCCGCCCAUCGCCGUCGUCUUUCUCAUCUUGCAAACCAACUUCAUUCCUGGAUUUCAUAGAAUCAUCGAACCAGGAGAUGAUCAAUAGGAUGCAAAAAGAAAAACCUAAAAACUUGACUCCGGAUGUGGAAUGUUCACAAUUCAAUUCAGCUCAUUACAGAAGACAUCUUCCUCGAAGUCUUCCGCCAUCGAAAUCAAACAAAACCUUUUGUUGGAAAUCAAAAUUGGAUCAAAUGAUGCGAGAAGAAGAGUUUGAGGAUAUAUCAGUUGAUACAGUUGAUCAGAUGACCACCAAACCUACAUCAAUCUUUCCUCCUUCUGUUUACACUUCCUCUUCUCAUGUCCGCUCUUCAAGUUGUUCAUCUGAUAUCACAGUGGUUGACACAGCUACUUUGAUAUAUUUUCCAAAAGAAACUAUUCCAUUACCAUCCCCUGUAGACCUUCCGUUUUGUUUAGUCCGAUAA